AUGGAGGUGAAGAAGAUAGUUGUGAUUUGUGAAGCCCCGUUACUUUUACAAUCUAUCCUUGCCCUACUCAUUAUCGCUGUGCUUCAUCGUCUACAUCAGGUUUAUAGUGCGAGAUGGCAUCCGUCUCCAGUCAGCCUCAGUUCCGAGGAACUAAUUGAACUUGGGAAGCCGUUUGGUAAAGUUGUGAACACAAAGUGUAAUGUUGGAGCAAACAGGAAUCAAGCCUUCAUUGAAUUUGCUGAACAAAAUCAAGCUAUAGCAAUGAUAUCAUAUUAUGCUUCAUCAUCAGAACCAGCUCAGGUGCGAGGGAAAACUGUCUACCUACAGUAUUCCAACAGGCAAGAAAUUGUGAACAACAAAACCUCUGCAGAUGUUGCUGGAAAUGUACUUCUGGUAACCAUAGAGGGCAAUGAUGCUCGCCUUGUCAGCAUUGAUGUCUUACACCUGGCCCAUAUCAAGGAUUUAUCUUCAAUGGAAGAAGCUUAUUGCUUGGGGAGAAAGAGCGCAUAAAAAAAAGAUUCUUUGGUUAAUAUAUCUGAAUUCUUUUGUGUGUCAUAUUGCACUGUGUUUUCUGCGUUUGGUUUUGUGCAUAAAAUCACAACUUUUGAGAAGACAGCUGGAUUUCAGGCCCUUGUGCAGUUUACAGAUUCAGAAACUGCUACUUCUGCAAAGGAUGCUCUUGAUGGAAGAAGUAUUCCCAGGUAUUUGAUUCCAGAGCUUGGACCAUGUUCUCUUAAGAUAACAUAUUCUGCACAUACAGAUUUGAGUGUAAAAUUCCAGAGUCAUCGUAGCAGGGACUAUACAAAUCCUAUGCUUCCUGUUGCAUCUUCAGCAAUAGAUGCUACUGGUCAGUUCAGUUUGGGUUUAGAUGGAAAGAAGAUUGAAUCCGAGAGUAAUGUUCUUCUUGCUUCUAUUGAAAACAUGCAGUAUGCAGUCACCUUGGAUGUUUUACACAUGGUAUUUUCUGCUUUUGGGCCUGUUUUAAAGAUAGCAAUGUUUGACAAAAAUGGUGGAGUUCAGGCUCUAAUUCAAUACCCUGAUGUUCAGACAGCUAUUGUAGCCAAGGAAGCGUUGGAAGGGCACUGUAUAUAUGAUGGAGGGUUUUGCAAGCUUCACAUCUCUUAUUCUCGACACACUGAUCUCAGCAUCAAGGUGAACAAUGACCGCAGUAGAGAUUACACAGUGCCAGCUGGCGCACAGAUGAUGAAUUCACAACCGUCCAUCUUGGGGCAACAACCACCAUCAGGGCCGCCACAAUACGGUGGUGGUGGUGCACAGUACAUCCCUGCACCAGAAGGGUACGCAGCAGCAGCAGCAGCAGCACCUCAGUCGUCAGGAGGGUGGGCCCCGGGUGCUCCAGCUGGGCCCCAGUCCAUGCCAAUGCAUAUGCAGCAACAUCAACAUCAACAUCCGCAACAACAGAUGCAUAAUCAUCCUUACAUGCCACAUCAGCAGCAAGGAAUGCCAUCUGAAAUGGGUCAUGGGCCGGGUCACUAUAACGGGCAGAAUGGGUACCCACCACAAGAUUGUUUUUCUAAUUAG